AUGUCUCAACCAAUAACCGAACAGGACUGCAUCGGACCGGAUGCAGAAUACAUCAAGCUGAUCGCCGCGGACGGGAAGGGGUUCUUUGUCAAAAGAGCGGACGCCGUGGAAGUGUCUAAAACGAUCAGGCGGAUUCUGGAUGGCCCAUCCCAGUGCAAGGAAGGAGAUAUUAAUCAAAUCGAGCUUAGCAACAUAGCGUCGCAAACGCUCAAAAUUGUUUGCGACUUCCUCGGGUACAGGGCGCGAGUAAAUAAAUUGAAGGAGGGCGAGGAUGCUGACGAUUUUCCUAUUCGGCCUGAAGAUGCUGUUGAUGUGCUGAAGGCGGCUAAUUUCCUAGAAUGCUGA